AUGGUCUCCGACCGACGUGUCUCCCGCCAGCACCUCGUCGCCGUCUUUGACUCGGACACCGGCGCUCUUGCUCUCGAGCACCAUGGCGCAUCGCCGGCCGUAGUCCGCGGAGCCUCGCUCUUCCACAACUCGCUCCUGGCCUACGACGGCGACCUCAUUUCGCUGCUUCCGCCACCAGUCUCGGGUCUCGACUUUAAGCUUGUUGUCGUCGCUCCAUCCGCCUCGCCGGCCUCCCGCCCGAGAUCUCCCGCGCUCCUCGCUGACGCUCCGCCGACCAAGCGAUCAAAGACUCUGGCUGGCACUGCCGUCGCCCAGAGCUCAGACUUGCCUGCCGCGGCAUCUGUCCCGUCGCUGGAUGCCUCUCUCAACUACUUUUCCGACCACUCACAGUCGGCGUCGGAGGAGCUCGACAACGACGCCGAGAACAGCUCUGGAGAUGAGCUCGACGAUGGUGCCGCCAGCUCGAGUGCACCGCUGCCGGCGUGCAAAUACGGUGUGGACUGCUACCGUAAGAACCCAGCCCACUUUGCUGCGUUCUCUCACCCUUAUCGCGAUGCCUGCGGCAAGCCGAAGCCGCCCGCGGUGGUCGAGUCCUCGCUCGCCACUCCCUCGCCCAUCUCGCUCACUUCUGCCAUGCAAGCCCACACUGCGGCGCCUGCUGCUUUCGCCCACUCCAACGACGACGACCCAUCGGGCGGCGCGGCUCUUCUUCCGCUCGUCGGCAAGCACAUUGUGCUGACCGGCGCGCUCACUGCCGGCACCCGCAAGGCCAUCUCGGCCCGCCUGGUUGCCAUCGGUGCGCUUCCCAUGGGCUCAGUCUCGUCACGAACACACUAUCUGGUUGCUGGCGACAAGCCGGGCUCCAAGUUGACCAAGGCGCAGAACUUGGGCGUGGCUGUUGUGCUCGAGCCAGAGUUUAUGGCUGCACUGUGCGCCGCUGAGGGCGCAGCGCCUCCGCCGCCCCUGCCAGCUGCUGGUGUUGCCGCCGGCCCCGCCCGUCCCCUGCCGCCGGCCUCGCAGCCAGCCUGUGCCGCAGCAUGUGCCCUCCUCCUUCCGCGCAAAUGGGAGCUCGAGCGUGGUGACGAUCCGACUGGCUGGUGGCUCUCCGAGAAGCUUGAUGGUGUCCGUGCAUACUGGGACGGCUCGGCGUUCUACUCGCGGCUUGGCAAUCAAUUCAAUGCCCCUCCCGAGUUUACUGCCGGCCUGCCCGGGCCGGAUCUUCCUCUCGACGGCGAGCUCUUUCUCGCCCACGGCGCGUUUCAGACCGCUGUCGGCGCGGUGCGGAGUUCUGACGCCUCGCGCUGGGCGACGCUCACGUAUUGCGUCUUUGACGCGCCUCCUGUCCUCGGCUCUGGUCGCGAUCCACCGUUCGAGACACGGUUUGCCAAGGUCCAGGCCUGGUACACCGCUGCGCAGCCGCGCUUUGCCCGCAUCGUCGACCACAUCGCCUGCACCUCGCCGCUGCACCUCACCGACGAGCUGGAGCGUAUCGAGGCAAUGGGUGGCGAGGGCGUCAUGCUCCGCCAGGCUGGCUCGCGCUAUGUUCGUGGCCGGUCACAAACGCUGCGCAAGCUCAAGUCGUUCCACGACGCCGAGGCCAUCGUCGUUGCCCACACCAAGCUCAUGAGCUCAGCUGCCCGCCAUGCCGGCGUUCCGGGCCUUGUCGGCUCACUCCGCUGUCGCAUGGCCAACGGCACCGAAUUCUCCGUCGGAUCGGGCCUCUCCGACGCUGUCCGCGCCGCGCCGCCUCCCAUCGGCGCCAUCAUCACCUACCGCUUCACCGAACUCACCGACGGCGGCGUCCCGCGCCACCCGCGCUUUGUCGGCGAGCGUGUCGACAUGACCGCACCCAAGGACUGGGUCCCCACCCGCUAA